AGGUUUUUCAAAUCCCAUCUUUCUUGUGCAAUAAUGAGGGUGUGUUCUUCACCUCAUGUAUGCUCUAGGUGCUAAAUCAUCAUGAUAGCAUUGUUAGGAUAGGAGAGCUGCUUUUUAUGACAGGUACAUCCACAUCCUCCUCUUUCUGUCAGCCGCCACUCCAGUGAACACAUCAACCAGGCAUGCAGGUCCUGUUGGCUGUUGUGUUGGUUGGUUUGACUCAAGGAACCUCUAUUGUUUCAAGGCUUCCUUGUAACAGUAACAGGCUUUUGACAUAUGAAUAUCGUGUUGUUGCUUACAAUGGGAUUCCUGGCACUUCAGAAAAUGUUAGCGGAGUUCAGAUGAACAUGACAUUUUCUGUGACAUCCUUUCCUGAGUCAAAUCAAUUUCAACUAAGGAUUCAUAAAUGUGCAAGUGCUCCACUUCAAGCUACUUCCAUUAAAGACACCGAAGUGUGUAAUCGGUUAAUCGAGUGGGUCCUGCCAUUUGACAUGAAAAAUGAUCAAGUUACUGCCAUCUAUCCUGAACCUCGUGAAGAAGAACAUAUUCUGAACUUAAAGAGAGGAAUCAUUAGUGCCUUUCAAGUUAGUCCCAAAGGAGAGAACAAUGUCCAAGUGGUUGACGAGGUUGAUGUCUUAGGAACAUGCACAACUGAAAUAACAGAGUCCCACGCAGAAGAGGAAAUUGAGAUACUGAAACGUAGAGAAACUGAGAAAUGUGAGGGUCGACCCAAGCACACGAUUAUGGUCCAAAGUCAGACUCAAGAGGCCAAGUUUGCGUAUGGAAUUAUGACUGCUGUCUACAGACUGAACAGUAUGGGUGACAUCAAGUUGGCCGAGCUGAUUCAAGUUGAAGAACUGGCUCCAUUGACCAAGGAAGCUGGCCAUGUUGUUACGCACAUCAACCAAACAUUCUGGCUUGUGAAUGAUGAGUGCGAUCGUUCAGUUUCUGUGAUCAAUGUAAAUGGCAGAGACAACAGACAACUGUCCUUCAACUACAGCAUUUCUUCACCGGAACCAUUGAGCACCAAGUUGGAUGCUAGAUCCCUUAUUGAACAAAUAACUACUGCAGAUCCAAAAGCUGUUCCACACAUGUUCUUACAAUUGAUCUCGGCAAUGCGAGAGAUGAGAUUGAAGGAGCUCAGAGAACUCAGGACGAAUGUUCAGAAUAAUGACAAGCAGUUUUCUGUUUUCCUCGAUACCUUGCCAUUUGUUUUCACCAAUGCUGCAACUGAUCUAAUCGUGGAAUUGGCUAGACCAAAGUCCAAUUUGAUCAAGACGCGAAAAACAGCAUUGGCACUCAGCUUGGCUGCUGCACCCAUUCAAUUUGCCAAUCCAUGCAGGCUACUUGAGCUAACUCUGGAACUGGCCGAGAAAUUAGACAGUCGUGAAAGCACUCUUACACUGGGUACUGUUAUCAACAGGGUUCAUGAAUCCCAUCCAUAUACUUGUCAAGUGCACAUUGAUAAGGCUCUUCAAUAUCUUAUACAUGAGGCAGAAACUGCACUUCAUAAACUACCUUUUGACUACAAUCCAUCAGAAUUUCCCAGACAGUUUAAGUACCGUGCACAUUGGGAGCGAGCUCUUCAUGUCAUUAAGGCUCUUGGAAAUGCUGGAAUUCCUACGACAAUCUCAUUGCUGGAAAAAUAUGUAAACACAAAGACAUUAUUGAUUGAAGGUCGAGUUGCUGCUAUUAAUGCCCUGCAACGAAUAGGAAGGAACAGUCCAUUGAGGGUUCGUGAACUUGCACUUCGACUGUACCUAGCAAGAUGGAAUGAAAACGAAAUAAGAACGGCUGCUUUUGCAAUAUUCAUGGAAGUUGUACGUCGUGACUUUGUUCAAAGUCACCAAAUGAGACAAGCACUGAUGCAAGUUUCUCGAGAAUCAGACAACUCAGAAGUCUUGAGUUACGUCUGCAGUUUCCUGAAAACUCUACAACACACUCGUGAUCCAUCUUUCAGAAAUCUACGGUCCAGUGUGUUUUAUCAUGGUAAAUGGACAAACGCAUUUGCAAAGUGCAGAAGUGCAAGCCAUUCGUUCUUUUCAUCGCACUACCUCCACUAUUACAAGUCGAUGGGAGAUAUGCUUAACCCACUGCCACGUGAUGCUAUGGGAGCUUCGUUGUCCCUUGAUUAUGUGUCAACUAGUGCGAGUCGCAUCCCGCGCUUUGCAAGAAGCAAGAUAAGAGCUCAUUUGUUUGGAUAUGACAUGGAUAUUAUGGAGGCUGGUGUGCGAGCCACUGGCAUUGAGAAACUAUUAUGCACUGUGCUUCUGGGAUCAGAAGGCUACCUUCGCCUUGGAUCAUUUGCUAAAGAUGCGUAUGACCACCUGUGUGGUACUCACGAUGAAAACACUAGCAUUUCUGUCUACUUGAAAGCAAUGGGCGAUGAAGUCUUGUGGAAUAACUUUAGACCACACACAAAUUUAUCCAAAAUUGACACAACCCGUAAUCGCAUUAUUGAUUUCUUUACCAAAGAUCGACCUUUCCGAAGAGAAUUUCAGUCUAUAGUAAACUACUUCUUCAACAGUGGAAGUUAUUUGCUUCACAGUAACAGUGUGUACUUCAACCACACAGCCGGCUUCUUGGACAUUCGAAGAGUUAUUCCUACCAUUGUUGGCAUGCCAAUUAAUCUGACUGUAGCUGCUGCUGGCCACAUACGAUUCAACCUUUCUACAUAUGCCACCUACCACAAUGACCAUCCUGUACUCGCAAUGAUUCCUGCCAGAUGGCGAAAAUGGUUACCAAAGAUGUUUAAUCAAGAAGAAAAAGACUUUGUUGAAGGAUACAUCAACAUUCAUCCCAAGAUCAUCAUGGCAACAACAGUUCAAGUUUUGCUUGACGACUAUGAGUACAAACCACAACUGAACUUCUCUGCUGAGUGCAGCUCGAUGUUUCAUCAAAAUGUUUCUGCUGUGAUAUAUGGCAACCAUUCCACAUUCAUUACGAUCCAUGAAAUGCCAGAAACUGAGACAGUUAUUUUCAAUGCCAGCUACAGUCAGUCUGCAGUAGUUAAUGGCAAGUCUCAGGAGCUUCAAACAGAUCGCACUGAUAAGGAUACUAUUCAUAUCAAAUCUUAUGACCUCAUCGGCCUUGAUAUGUUUGUCAACUUCAGCUCUGCCGACAGAUCUGACCGUCCUAUUGCUCCUAUGCUACCACCAGCUGGUCCAGCAACAAUGUCUCUCUCUCUAAAGCGACCUAAUGCCAACAUGAGCAAGAUAGUCUUCUCUUUUACCACAAGCGGAUUCAAACUUGGGAAUGUUUCAACAUCUGCUAGCCUAGAUGCUGUUGGAGCUGGAAGGUCUAUCAAUGGUUCUCUGAGGUGGAGCCUUGCAAACAGGCGUUUUAUAAUUAAUGGUUCUCUCAACAGUGCUCUUGCUAACUCGUCCACUGUUGUUAUUGUAAAUGCCAGUUCUCAACUGAGCAUUGACAGCUAUGCAAACUUUAAUUCUAGUUUGGCCAAUUUCACUGUAGGUUUUGGUCUAAACACUACCCAUAUCAAUGCCAAUUCAUCACUGGUCAUUGGGAAGCAUCGUAUCUACCAGGCUGCACUACGAGGUUCUCGUAGACAAUUCUAUAAUGGCAACUUGUCAUUCUACCUUUUCAUUGGCGAUAAACAAAUACCACAUACUUAUGACAUGACUGUCAACCUAAGUAAAUGGCGUGCCAAUAUUACUGGACAACUCCUGCUGAGUGGUGAGAGUGAACCACACACAGUAAUUGUUGGUGGUUCUUUCGGAAAGUACUAUCUCAAUAUGACUGGACUUUUCAAAUCGGCUUCAGAAUGUGAACUAUAUCAAAUGGGAUUCAAUGGAUCUUACGAACAAGGAAACAUCGGAAGUCAUUUCAUGAUUGACUUGCCUCAUAUCCUCAAUCGCCGUGAUGUAUACCUCAAUGGAUCAGUUGGUUUAGUGUUUGCAUAUCUUUCAGCAGCCAUUUACCAAAUGGAUCAAGAAAAACCUGACAAAAUAAAUAUCAAUGCUCACAUUAACAGCAAAAUCUAUGCAAUAAUGAAUGGAUCUUUGAUUCUUGCAGAUGAUAAUCAAGCACACUGGUCAAUUAAUACCACACUGAAUAAGUGGUCAGUUGAGUCCAAUACUCAUCUGCAGGUCAUGAACAAAUCUGACAGUAACAUGAGAGUAUCGGUAAACUAUCGAAGAAACAGAGUUAGUGGAUUAGCCCAGAUUAAUGUUCCUAAUCUUUUCACAAAUUAUUCAAACGGAUUUUCAAAUAUAAACGAUGUGACAUGGUUCUUUCAAAAGAUCUCACACAUCCUCCACCAGCAAAACCUAAGUAGAGAAUAUAACAUUACUGUCAAGGGUGAGCUGGACAAGUGGUACAGCAAUGUUUCAAUGUAUGUGUACAGGGCGAGAAAUGAACAUCACUAUCUGAACUUCAAUGGUUCCUUUGCUAAAUGGUACAUCAAUGGGACAGCUCUCCUUCGUCCAGUAAACUACACAAAGCCACAUCUUGUACAUCUCAGCGGUGACAUUGGAAAAUACUUUCUAAACGGAUCAGUUGUCUUUAACAAGGGAUGUAAUAGAUCCGACCUCAGAACAUGUGAGGGACCCUACCGCUUUCAUGUCAAUGGUUCUGUUGGAAAAGUGUUUGUCAAUGCCACAGCUUCCUGCCAACUGCCAAGUGAUGUUAGACCUCAUAAUGCUACACUAUGGGCAAACGUUGGAAAGUGGUAUAUGAAUUUGUCUGCAACUACUGAACUGAAUCUGAACAGUGAAAUCUGGGGUAAACAUCACUAUGUUCGAUCCAAUGUGUCGCUUAAUGGUAGGGCAAUUCAAUGGUCAGCCAAUUCAAGUCUACUUGAAAUACCAAAUGUGAGGAAAUUCCUUCGAAUGCAUAGCAUAUAUAGAUUGGAAACAAGCACCAAUGAACAGCCAAUACCAUCCAGUAGGGAAACUGAAGAAAAUAGAUGUCAAAUUGUGAAGGGAUUUGUGCAACACGAAUACCUACAAAAGAAAUGCAGAGGUGCAAUUGAGGAGCAAAUGUGCAGUAGUGGAUGUGAAACUUUGUAUUCUACCUACACAAGAUUGAUACUGGCCAAGUGCAUUAAACAAGAUGAUGGAGAAGAGAAAUAUGACAACGCAUCUCCUACAUUGUUGGAAGUGCCUGUGUUUUUGGGUUGCAAGAGACAAGUGUAAGACAGAUUUGGAGUGCAUGCAUUGCUUCAAAAUGACUCAUUGACAACACUGUUUGCACUUUGUUAACUCUCAUGAGAGAGAACACGGUUCACUGUUAUGUCUGUGUCAUUGCAAUAAAACAUCAAUAUUUGUGUUGAUGCAUAUAUAA